AUGGGCCUUGUUCAGUUACCAAGUUAUGACCAUUAUUGGAGUACAUCUGCUGUAUUUCAUACAAACGUUGGAGGAGUAAUCAGUAGAAAUUGUUUCGAAAUUAUUAUGCAAAUGAUCUAUUUUGUGGACAAUGAACAAGCUAAUAAAUCAAAUAGGCUUUAUAAAUUAGGCACAUUGAUUGAAGAUCUAACUGAAAAUUAUAAUAUCUGUUAUAUCCCAGAAGAAUCAUUAUGUAUAGAUGAAUCAGUAAUGCCUUUUAUGGGUAGGUUACUUUUUAAACAAUAUAUAAAAAAUAAAUCUCAUAAAUAUGGAGUUAUAACGUUUAAAUUAUGUGUUCCACCGUGCUAUACUUUAGCAAUGAAAGUGUAUGCCGGUAAAGAAGCUGAUCAAAAUAUUAGUGUAUCUGCAAAAGUUGUUGUUGAUUUAGCUGCUGAAUAUUUAAAUUUUGGACGCACCAUGUAUGUUGAUAAUUGGUACUCUAAUGUUCAUUUGGCAGAUUUAUUAGGAGAAUAA